AUAAGAAUAAAGUUUGUAAAUAAAAACAUUCUAACUUUAAAGAAAAAAAUUAUUAUUAAAUAAAAAUAAAUUUAUUUUAAGAAUUAAAUUGAAACAAGAUGAACAAACCGAAAAUAACAUUUGGUAAAAUAAAUUUGAGUAUUCCUUCUGCUGAACCAAAUAGGAAUGAACAACAUUCGGCUACAUCCGAAAAUUCUGGUUUUAAAAAAAUUGACAAACCAACAUUGAUAGAAAAAAUCAAUGAAGUUAGUGAUGAUUUAGAAAGUCAACAUAUUAAAGAAGUGAUGGGCAUAACAGGAUUUGGGAAAAAGGCUCAAACGUUUGACAUAGAGGAGCAAAUAAAACAAGCCAAAUCAAAUAAAAUUCAUAAGCCACCCGACGAAGGUGUACAAGUUCCUGAAAAGACAUCAGAAAGUGAAUCUGAAUCAGAGAGCGAUACAAGUGAUAGUGAAAGUGAAGAUGAAAUCGUAGGGCCAUUACCACCUACAGAAAUUUUGGAAAAUAACUUGAAAACACAAAAUGAAAAUGACUCAGAUGAAGAUAACGAAAGUGGAGAAGAUUCUGAUGACGAAAACAAUGUCGAGAAAAUGGUGCCAAAUAGCCAUGAAGUUCAAAUGAAACAUGGAACAAAAGCAAUACUAGCAUUAGCCGUAGACUCCUCUGGCGCACGUCUUGUUUCUGGAUCUAUCGACUAUGAUAUGUGCUUUUGGGAUUUCUCUGGAAUGGAUAAGUCAAUGAAAUCAUUUCGUUCAAUUCAACCUUGCGAAAACUAUCCAAUUCGAGGCUUACAUUACUCAGUUACUGGAGAUACAAUACUAGUGGUUUCAGGGAAUUCACAAGCAAAAAUCUUGGAUCGAGACGGUUAUGAAAAACUAGAAUGUGUAAAAGGGGAUCAGUAUAUAACAGAUAUGUCAAAAACUAAAGGACAUACAGCUCAACUUACAGCUGGAUGUUGGCAUCCAUUUAUUAAAGAGGAAUUUUUAACUUCUUCAAUGGAUGCCACAUUGCGAAUAUGGUCCGGUUUAAGAUCAAAAGAACAAAAAAGUGUAAUAAAAGUGAGGGCUCAGGGUGGACUAAGGGCAAUUCCAAAUUCUUGUACUUAUAAUAGAGAAGCAACUUUGAUUGCCGCCGGUUGUGGUGAUGGAUCUUUACAAAUGUGGGACACUAGAAAAAUUCACGCAAAUAAUCCAACUCAAGUUGUAAGAAAUGCCCAUCAAAAAGGAAAUGAGAUAUCAUCGGUACAAUUUUCAUAUUUAGGUAAUCAAAUAGCUUCCCGGUCUUGUGAUGAAACUAUGAAAUUAUGGGACAUGAGAAGUCUUAAAACUCCUUUGCACGUAUGGGAGAAUAUAUACACUCGGUAUGACGUCGCAGAUUGUUGCUUCAGUCCCAACGAUAAACUACUUGUCACCGGUGAAUCUUUACCAAAAGAAAAUAAAGAAGCUAAUAUUUUCUUUUACAACACAUUAACUUUCGAAUUAGUCAAAGCGAUUCCAGUAACGAAUUCCCAUGUAAUAAAAACUCUAUGGCACCCAAAAUUAAAUCAACUCUUUGUUGGUUGUGGAAAUGGUAUUAUUAAAUGUUAUUACGAUGAAAAACGUAGUUUCCGUGGGGCUAAAUUAUGUGUGACGAAAGUACAUAGAAGAAAGAAACAGUCAGAAGUGUUUGGUGGCGUAGCGCAAGUCAUAACACCGCAUGCACUUCCCAUGUUUAGGCAAGAAAAAUCUAGAUCACUUCGAAAAAAAAUGGAAAAAGAUAGAAUGGAUCCUGUAAAAUCACGGCGACCAGAUUUACCUAUUACCAGCGGCCAAGGUGGACGUGUUGCAUCUUCAGGAGGAACUUUAAGUUCAUAUGUUAUUCGAAAUUUAGGACUUAGCAAGCGGGUUGACGAUGAUCAAGAUCCAAGAGAAGCUAUUUUAAAAUAUGCAAAAGAAGCAGAGGAAAACCCUUACUGGAUCACGCCCGCAUAUAAAAAAACCCAACCUAAACCUAUAUUUACGGGAAAUGAAGAACCAGAUGCAAAGAAACCUAAAACAGAAUGAGAACUUGAAAUAAAAACUCAUGUCUAAAGUAAUAUAUUGUAUGUUUUCAUU